AUUUGUGGAUUGUGUGUGUUAUGAGAAUUUGUGGGUUUAGGUUGUCCGUGAAAAUGAUUCACUAGGAAGAGACGUGGAACUUUUUCGCCGGCAUAUGUACUCUGCCGGGAAAGUGGGUCCUGCCUCAAAGGGAAGCAAGGGUGCAGAACUGGUUGAUGGCCUUACGAUGAAAGAAAGGGAUUACAAGGUGGUGAAGACACGCUUCAGUGCAUUUUUUAACACCCAUCUUCAUUCAUUUCUUCAGACAGAGGGAAUUAAGAGUUUGGUGAUUGUUGGUGUUCAAACUCCAAAUUGCAUCAGGCAGACUGUCUUUGAUGCGGUAGCACUGGAUUACGCAAAUGUUUCUGUUAUUGUUGAUGCCACAGCUGCUGCUACACCUGAUGUACAUGUUGCCAAUAUCUUUGACAUGAAAAAUAUUGGAGUCGGAAUCCCUACAUUGCAGAAAUGGUGCGAGUCUGAUGCUUGAUGUACCUGAUGAUUAUACAAGGUUUAAGCUGAUGCAUGUGGCAUCAUUGUGCUUGAACGGAUUAAUAUCAUAAUAAGUUGGUCAUUUUAUGACUGGACGGUACAUGCUUUUACAUUACAAUCUAGUGGAGAAAAUGGAAUAUUUGUUCUUCAGC